AUGUCCCACCUACUACAGCCAAUCACAAUCGGCGACAUCAUUCACCUGCGCAACCGUGUGUGUAUGGGGUCCAUGACACGCAACCGCUGUACCGAUCACUCGAAGCCGACACCGACAGUUGCCACUCACUACGCAGACCGGGCUCGGGACGGCACCGGUUUGAUAGUGGCAGAAGGAACGUUCAUCUGUCCGCAUGGAGCGGAAUGGCCCAAAGCCCCGGUCAUGUUUGACAAGAGCCACUCGGUUGCUUGGAAAAUGGUGACAGAUGCCGUUCAUCGGGAGGGGGGAAAGAUUCUUUUCCAGCCAUGGCAUCCUGGUGGAUACACCGAGAACAUCACGGAAAUCAAAGACCCGAAGGCUAUCAUUGAACAGUUCCGACAGUCAGUUGUUUUGGCGAAAGAGGCUGGUUUCGAUGGAAUUGAAUUGCUCUCUCAGGGUGGUUAUCUUCUGCAUAAUUUCCUCUGCAGUCAUUCCAACCUUCGAACCGAUGAGUACGGAGGCUCCGUGGAAAACCGAUGCCGCUUCCCCCUGGAAGUACUCGACGCCAUCAUCUCAGUCUGGGGACCACGAGCCGUCGGCAUCAAAAUCUGCCCAUCUGAUGACUACAACGAUACAAUGGUAUCUUAUGAAGAAUUGUCGGAGACCUAUAAUUAUUUCAUCCAAGCUUUGAUGACUCGCAACUUGGGCUUCAUUAACCUGUCACGGCGAGGAUAUGAUGUCGGCAGGAAUCAAGAUGAGUUUUUCGUGUCCAAGCCCCGACCCGCUCAGUAUGCUUUGCCGCCAAAUUACGAGCCCCUGAAGCAGUUCGGACACAUGAUCAAGUACCCCGGCAGUACGACUGCGCUUAUGGUGAAUCAUGAAUACACUAUUCAGGAAGCAGAUCACCUCGUCAAAUCGGGUCUGAUCGACAUGCCCCAAUUUGCCAGGCCAUUUAUCUACAAUCCUGUUCGUUGA